AUGGGAAGCCAGGGGACCUCGGAGUCCCGCUACCAGGGGCGGGGUCCGGGACCCGGCAGUUUCGAGGAAUUGCCCGGUGCAGCCGGUGCAGCCGGUCGGGGCGAGGGGCUUGCACUAUGUUUCCCCGCGCAGGCGGAGCCCGGGGAAGAGGACUCGCUCCGAGCGCGCCGCUGCCGAGGGGCAGAGAGUAGCAACCCCGGGGGCGCACACUGGACAGGGGUGGGGCGCGGACCGCCGCCCCGCCCCACUGGGCCCAGCCUCCGGCUGCCCGGGGAGGGGGAGGGGCGGAGCGAGCGGGGCAGCGCUGGGGCGGAGCGGGGGCGGAGCGGGUGCCGGCAAGGGUGCAGGCGGCCCGGCAUCAGCGGCGAAGGUCCCUGGUGGGAUCGGCGUCGCUGCGGAUACCAACGAGGUAGCCCGGGCCGGCCACCUCCGCAGACCAGUUUUGCGGAGGCGGGGGACGAGGAGAUCGGAGGGAGUGAGCCAAGCGUGCGGCAGUGGCUGCUUCCCUUCGAGGGAGGUCGGGCUCCCAGCUCUCCCGACCUGCCUGGCGUUCUCGCCUCCCUGCGGCGCCCUGGGCAUGGCUUCGGCGGGCAGCGGCAUGGAGGAGGUCCAUGUGUUGGUGCUGACCCCGCUGAAGCUGGUCGGGCUGGUGUGCAUCUUCCUGGCGCUGUGUCUGGACCUGGGUGCCGUGCUGAGCCCGGCUUGGGUCACGGCCGACCACCUGUACUACCUGUCCCUGUGGGAGUCCUGCCGGAAACCCGCCAGCUGGGACAUCUGGCACUGGGAGUCCACGCUCAGCAGCGGAAUGCGCGACCACAGUCAACCUGCAACCCUGCUCCCUCACUGUUUCCCCGUGAUUGCUUGCUGAGUUGCCCACCAGGUCCAACCCUGCGCCUGGAUUCUGCGGGCCUGAGUCCGUCUGACCGAGUUUUCCUGUGCUAUUCUGCUCUACCAGCUGCUGGUUUCGCCAUUCUAACCGUAGCCAAGUGCUGGAAGCCACCUAAGUGCCCAUCAGUAAAUUAAUGGAUCAAAAAAUUACGAUACAUUUACAUGAUGGAAUAUUAUGCAGCAGAAAGAAAGAAUGUGCUCCUACCCUUCAUGACAACAUGGAUGCCAGGCGGUGAAAGACAAAUAUCAUGUGAUCUCAUCUAUAAGUGGAACCUAAUCAACAAAACAAACAAGAAAAUCUUAUAUCAGAGAAGCAUAUUCUACAAAUCUGAAACCUGGGAAAUCUAAAUUUAAGAAGAUACAAACUAGAGUGUAUUUAACGUGAAAACUGGGUGAAUUAAUAUAAGGUUGUUAGAUGCUGAAGAACUGUGCUUAAGGAAAAGGGAUGGGAAGAAGCCAGUGAGAACUACAUUCAUUGCAGACUCAUGCCCAUCCUCUGCAACAAAUCAGAUAUUGUUUUUCCCUAACUCAAUCCUAACAUUAAUGCUGACAAUAAUAGCAAAAUACAGGGAUUUCUGGUGGCUCACAAACAAAAUGAUAAUAAUAGCCUGAUUUAGAAGAAUGAAUGCUUUUCAUGAAAAUGUUUUAGUAAUUUGUAGACUGUAGUUAUAUUGGCCAACAUUCUGCUUUUAGUUCAAAGAUUACAAACUCAAAUACACAUGUGAAUCAAGGAGGUCAUUUAAAUGUGUAAAAUGGAUCCAGGGUUUACUAAGAAAUUACUAGGAUGAUGAUAAAGUAGCAAGUGCAGGCCUCAUAUAAGGGCAUUCAAUUUAAAAUGUUUUUAAAAUAUUAUGUAGGACGUACAAAACACAUCUCCUGGCCAACCCACCUUUGUGGACAUCCUAUUUAAUUAAUUAGCAUUUCAGUGGGGAAGAAAGUUAAUCUGUCCUUAUCACAUUCAGGCUGCUUUACUUCAUAUCUAACUUCCACAUUUUUUAAAAGAGCUUGCAGGUGGCUGUCACAGCUCCCAAGCAGGCUGGACACCCCUGAGCAGUGUGAUAUAGUUUCCUUGACAAGUAUGCAAUGGGUUCCAAAAUGUUUGGAGUUUCUGGGCAGGUGAGCAGGUUUGGGUGUUUUUGCUGUGGCUCACCUGGAGGGGCCAUAGAAGUUCCACACCCCAGCCACAUACCUUGCCCUCUGCAUCUCUCUGUUUGGUGGUUCCUGGCUUAUGACCUUUUAUAACUUCCACAUUUUUUGAAUCAUGGGGAAUCUCUGCAUAUCAGAUCACCACACAGAGAUACUACAAUCAGCAGUAACUGUAAGACAUGAUGGUUUGCCACAGGAAUUUUUGACCCCUAGAAUAUUAAAGUUAAUAGGCGAAUUUGAAAAUGUUUUGAAAAGUUCUAAUUAGUUAAUUAUACUUUGGAAUAGUUGACUUUAUUCCAGAUAUGAGCAUGUUUAUCUUCCUUUCAACUUAAAAAUGGCAUCGCUAAUUUAAUACAUGUCUAUAUAUUUUCUCUAGAUUAAGAGGUCAGUAAAUUUUUCUGUACAGGUUCAGAUAAUAAAACUUUGGGUUCACAGGCCACAUAAUCUCUGACACAAUUACUAAAGUCUCUCUUUGUAGUGCAAAAGUAGCCAUAGACAAUACAUAAACAAAUGGGUGUGAAUGUGUCCCAAUAAAACUUUAUGAACACAGAUUUGGACUUUGCAAACAAAAGUGAUAUUUUCAAAGAAACAUUUUCAGUACUAUUUGUUUUAAAGGUAAACCAUUAAUAGGUGUCAAAAUAUCUGAUGCUUAGCCAAAAUUGACAAGUCAAUAUAGAUCUUGUGUUUGAACUUUAUAGUAGUUUCAUUUUACCAUAAGACUUCCACAGAGUAUGUUCAAGUUGUGUUGGAAAAAAAGCAACACUGUGCCUCAAGGUGAACCCACUGUUAUACAAAGACCAAACAAGGGAGUAUCUGCCCUCAUGGGAAGGCUUAGUACUUUCACUGUUUGACUCUGUAUUGUGAUAGUAAAGUACAGAUAGAUUUUAGAUGGUUUUAUCAAUAUUUUAAAUUGUCUAUAUCCACUAAACUCUAUUUUUCAUACUUAUAGCCUACCCCCAAGGGGACAAUAGUGUCCACUGCCCCAUCCUUAGAACUCUACCAGGGACCAGUUUGCGUGGUAUCUGCUCACAUGGUUAAUUUGAGAGGUGUAGGAAAGCCUCAAACAGGUAUACCAUGAAUACCUGAAAUUCCACCAUUAAUAAUAGAAAUAAUAGCCAUGGUUAGUAUGGCACAGUGGGUUAAGUGUCAGCCUGUGAACCAAGGUAUCACCGGUUCAAUUUCCAGUCUAGGGCACAUGCCUGGGUUGUAGGCCAAAUCCCUAGUGGGAGGCACAUGAGAGGCAACCACACAUGAUGUUUCUAUCCUUCUGUUUCUCCUCCCCUUCCUCUCCCCUCUCUAAAAACAAAUAAAAUCUUUUAAAAAUAAUACAAAUAAUAAUUCUAGAAAUGGCUGAGAAUUACCAUGUGCCACAAGUGUUAAAUGCUUUACUUCUAUUUUAGAGAUGAGGAAAUGGAGUUUCAGAAAGUGUGAAUAACUUGUCCGAUGACACAGAACAAGUACGUGUGAUCCAGGAUGAGGUACAGGAGGCAAGUAGGUUGGAGAAGGCUGUGUAGAACAAUUCAGGAAAAAGGAUGCUUGGGUGGUGAUAAAAGAGGGUUGCAUGAGAAAAACAUGAAAAGGAUAGGGUUAAAAUAAGAGGGUAUUUUUUUGUUCCUAUCCUUCCCCAACCCUCUCCCAUUUGGCAACCAUCAGUUUGUUCUCUCUGUGGGUCUGUUAAAAAAAGAGUAUUUCACAAGUUCCCCAAUGGCUCCUUUUGUUUCCUAAUGUAUCUUUUCCUCAUUAGCACUUAAUUUAUUGUUCAAAAUAUGCAAAGUGCUUCCAAUAUUGCUAUUGCAGUAGCAAAAGGAGCAAAGGGAGGCAGAGAGACAGAGACAGAGACAGAAUCAGUGUGAGAGAGAAACAUUGAUUGGUUGCCUCCCAUAUGGGCCCUGAUUGGUGACUGAACCUGCAACCUUUUGGUGUAUGGGAUGAUGCCCCAAACAACUGAGCCACCUGGCCAGGGCUGAAGAAUCUUAAAGAAUUAUUCAAACCUUCUUAAUAGCACUUUGACAUAAUACUAUGCUAAGUGAAAUAGGCCAGGCAGUGAAAGACAAAUACCAUAUGAUCCCACCUUUAACUGGAACAUAAUCAACACAAGAAAGAAGCAAACAAAAUAUAACCAGAGACAUUGAAAUUAAGAACAAUCUAACAAUAGCCAAAGGGGAGGAGGAGGGGGCUGUGGGAGAAGGGCUUUCUGGAACUACUAUAAAGGACAC